UCAGUUGCUAAAACGGACUUACGCGGUAACGUCAGGGCAGUCAACUGGGUGUAAGAUGCACACUAUUCUAGUGCUCGUGUUUGUCGUGCUCGCUCACGUGACAGGCACGUGGGGAUUCGGAUGUCAUCAAAGAUGGGAACUCGUGUAUGCUAACAGCGGAAACGGAACGACCGUGUAUGGGUCAAAGGAGACCCUAAUUCGCGCCAUGCUGGCGGGCGCCGAUCUCAGAAUAUUCGUUCCCUCUUGGGGCCCAGGUGGUUACCUGACAAGCGUCCAAAAUACCCAGACGAUCCGGAAUAACGUUUGCGCCCAGGCGCUAUUCCACGUGAGUAAAGCGUCCUACGAUACGUUCCAGGAAGUGCCGUAUUUCUGGUUCGUCAACCUCUGCUCGACAGGUCACGUGCACAUGGCUCGUUACUUCAUCGGCAACCACGUGUCGGCGGGAAUCAACGGGGACUACGUGGAUAUGCAGUGGUAUAUACGCAAAUACCCCGACCCUAUCUACUCGCACACCCAGGACGGCACAGUGAUCACCGGAAGUGUCCGGGACAUAGUGUACGCUGUGGAGGCAGGGGCGGACAUCCGCAUCGUCGACCGGCAGCUGGGGUACGGCGUCCGCAUGGACAACGUGGAGGUGUCGUAUGACCGCGCCAUCGUGGCGGGACAGUCGCUGUGGCACGUGAGCGAGCGCAUGAACGGGCCCAAUUUGGAGUAUCAAGGUGACGACUAUUAUUGGAUGUCCGUCUGGUCCACUGACGGCACCGUGGAUGUCUCACGCUGGAACGUCGGCGAGCACGUAAAGCGUGGAAACAGCAGUAUGCAACAGUCCAUGAACUGGUAUGCGGACAGUUGCUGGCAGAUGGCGUACAAGCACGACGCGGAAGGGAAUCUGGAGGAUGGUUCCCUCGAACUCCUUCGCCUCGCUGUCGAGACGGGUCACCGUCUCAAGGUACUCAUUGAUGGCGCCAUCACGGUGGAGCCGGAUCAGAUCAACGUGCGCGGGGGGCACAUUAACGCGCAGAUUCUCGGCCUCGUUUCGAAGCAAGACCUGAAGACGUUUACAGACGACGUGUUUUGGGAUUGGCGCGUUCUGACGACCACCGGCACAGAGACGUCAGAGUAUUUCAACAUCGGUGAGUACUUUAACCGCGGGAACACCGUGAAACGCAAGCCCAUGACGUGGUUCAUCGACACGCGCACGUGGAACCGCGUUCUCGUCAACGACAAAGACGGCGUUGUCCUUGCCGGCACCAAGCAACAGCUCAUCGACGCGAUCCUGCUGGGAGCGGAAGUGCGCUACAAGUUGACGUUUACGUCGAACGCAAUCAUGCAUCAGGCGGACAAUUUGGAGAUAAGCGCCGACGGGAACGUCGGGGCAAUGCACGUGCGCUCCGUGAGCUUGAAAUUCACGCCGGGGUCGCCGCACGAGGUUACGUUCCAGAACAGCCCGUACUGGUGGUUCACAAUCGUCUCCACAACCGGAAAGGUGGACAUCUCUCGCUGGACCGUCGGCGAGCACGUCAACCGUCGGCACACUCAUCUCUUCGUGCAGGUCGAGUGGUUCGUCAGUUUUUAAGUUUAACGGUGAACCAGUUAAUAGCACAUGCAAGCAGUGGUCAUAAAAGAUAAAAAAGAACUGAAAGCGAAAUACUGUUUAGAUAAGAAAGAAUUAUGUCCCGUUUUUGAAGACAUACGAGUGUUUGUCAUACCAUACCAUGUUCUUGUUCACAUAGAUUGAUUUGAAUGAACUCUCUCAUGUGUGUCACUCCUUGAUAACAGAUAAGAGGUGAUUUUAAUUUUGACAUACAUCCUCAUUUAGUAGUGCAAGGUUGAAGAUGAACACAUAAUUUUACUUAUGCACUUUGCUUAAAUAUUUAUUGCAAGUCUUAGUUUUCGUAAUAGCAGGUUAGUAUUUUCGAUUGAAAACAUUGUUCGUUGGUGGUUACAUUACGUAAUGGGACCAGUCUCAACAUACUUGUUUCACAUAAUUGUGUCUGGCUAAACACAAUCAAAACGAGAAUGCAAUAUGAUCAAAAGUCACAUAUUUUUGAAAGCUUGUUCUAUGUGUAUGUUAAAAUCCACGGAAUUUGCUAUUUUCACAUCCACACAAUUGCUAUU